AUGGGGCAAACAUGCAAACUCCACACAAAAGAGUUUGAUAGUGGAAUCGAACUCAGGACCUUCUUACUAGAGGAGGGAGUCCCUCCCUCAAAAACCACCCUGGGUGGGGAACAUGAGAGCCAGACCAAAGCUCAGAGGAACCCACCUGGACCUCCACCCAGCUCUGUGUCCUUAAAGAGUAACUGGUCUAAAGAUGAAAUCAUUGAAUUUAAAGUGGAGCAGGUAUCUGCUGCAGAGAGAGUGGACCAGCAGAGCUCAGAGGGUCCCAGCGGUCAGUCUGCCCAUCAGCAUCAAACACACCUGGACUCCAUAUUUAUGGUGCUGGAGGACAACAUCAUCACUUUUGUGAAGAACGAGCUGAAGAAAAUCCAGAAGGUUCUGAGCCCAGAUUACACAGAAUGCUUAGAGAAUCAAAUUGUGAAUGAGGUUUUGGAGGGGGAAGAUGAAGAGCAGAGGAGAAGAACAGAGGUAUUUGUGAAGAUGACAUUGCACUUCUUGAGGAGAAUGAAGCAGGAGGAGCUGGCUGACCGUCUGCAGAGCAAACAUCUUGCAGCAAUUUGCAAAUGUAAAAUUAAAACAAAGCUGAAGAAAAAGUUCCAGUGUGUGUUUGAGGGGAUUUCUAAAGCAGGAAACCCAACCCUUCUGAAUCAGAUCUACACAGAGCUCUACAUCACAGAGGGAGGGACUGCAGAGGUCAAUGAUGAACAUGAGGUCAGACAGAUUGAAACAGCAUCCAGGAAACAAGACAGACCAGAAACAACAAUCAGACAAGAAGACAUCUUUAGAGCCUCACCUGGAAGAGAUGAACCAAUCAGAACAGUCCUGACAAAGGGAGUGGCUGGCAUUGGGAAAACAGUCUUGACACAGAAAUACACCCUGGACUGGGCUGAAGACAAAGCCAACCAGGACAUCCAGUUCAUAUUUCCAUUCACUUUCAGAGAGCUGAAUGUGCUGAAAGAGGAAAAGUUCAGCUUGGUGGAACUUGUUCAUCACUUCUUUACUGAAACCAAAGAAGCAGGAAUCUGCAGCUUUGAAGACUUCCAGGUUGUGUUCAUCUUUGAUGGUCUGGAUGAGUGUCGACUUCCUCUGGACUUCCACAAAACUACAGUCCUGACUGACCCUAGAAAGUCCACCUCAGUGGAUGUGCUGCUGAUAAACCUCAUCAGGGGAAAACUGCUUCCCUCUGCUCGCGUCUGGAUAACUACGCGACCUGCAGCAGCCAAUCAGAUCCCUUGUGACUGUGUUGGCAUGGUGACAGAGGUCAGAGGGUUCACUGACCCACAGAAGGAGGAGUACUUCAGGAAGAGAUUCAGAGAUGAGGAGCAAGCAAACAUGAUCACCUCCCAUGUCAAAACAUCACAAAGCCUCCACAUCAUGUGCCACAUCCCAGUCUUCUGCUGGAUCACUGCUACAGUUCUGGAGGAUGUGCUGAAAACCAGAGAGGGAGGACAGCUGCCCAAGACCCUGACUGAGAUGUACAUCCACUUCCUGGUGGUUCAGGCCAAAGUGAAGAAGGUCAAAUACGAUGGAGGAGCUGAGACAGAUCCACACUGGAGUCCAGAGAGCAGGAAGAUGAUUGAGUCUCUGGGAAAACUUGCUUUUGAUCAGCUGCAGAAAGGAAACCUGAUCUUCUAUGAAUCAGACCUGACAGAGUGUGACAUCGAUAUCAGAGCAGCCUCAGUGUACUCAGGAGUGUUCACACAGAUCUUUAAAGAGGAGAGAGGACUGUACCAGGACAUGGUGUUCUGCUUCAUCCAUCUGAGUGUUCAGGAGUUUCUGGCUGCUCUUCAUGUCCAUCUGACCUUCGUCAACUCGGGAGUCAAUCUGCUGGAAGAACAACAAACAACCUCCCAGAGGUUAAAUUUUUUUAAAAAGAAGAGUAAUUUAAAAUUUCUCCACCAGAGUGCUGUGGAAAAGGCGUUACAGAGUCCAAAUGGACACCUGGACCUGUUCCUCCGCUUCCUCCUGGGUUCCUCACUGCAGACCAAUCAGACUCUCCUGCGAGGUCUGCUGACACAGACAGGAAGUAGUUUAUACACCAGUCAGGAAACAGCCCAGUACAUCAAGGAGAAGCUCAGUGAGAAUCUGUCUGCAGAGAAAAGCAUCAAUCUCUUCCACUGUCUGAAUGAACUGAAUGAUCUUUCUCUAGUGGAGGAGAUCCAACAGUCCCUGAGAAAAGGAAGUCUCUCUACAGGUAAACUGUCUCCUGCUCAGUGGUCAGCUCUGGUCUUCAUCUUACUGUCAUCAGAAAAAGACCUGGAUGUGUUUGACCUGAAGAAAUACUCUGCUUCAGAGGAGGCUCUUCUGAGGCUGCUGCCAGUGGUCAAAGCCUCCAACAAAGCUCUACUGAGUGGCUGUAACCUCUCAGACAACAGUUGUGAAGUUCUGUUUUCAGUUCUCAACUCCCAGGCCUCUAGUCUGAGAGAGCUGGACCUGAGUAACAAUGACCUCCACGAUUCAGGAGUGAAGCUUCUAUCUGUUGGAGUGAAGUUUCCACAAUGUAAACUGAAAAUGCUCAGACUGAGUCACUGUAACCUCUUAGAGAGUUCCUGUGAAGUUCUGUCCUCGGUUCUCAGCUUCCAGUCCUCUAGUCUGACAGACCUGGACCUGAGUAACAACAACCUGAAGGAUUCAGGCUUGAAGCUUCUAUCUGUAGGAGUUGAGAGUCCAAACUGUAAACUUGAAACUCUCAGGUUGGUGCCUGCUGGAUUCCAAUGGUUGACACCAGGUCUGAGGAAGUAUUCCUGUCAACUCACAAUUGACACAAACACAGUUCACAGAAAGCUCAAACUGUCUGACAACAACAGGAAGGUGACACAUGUGGAGGAGGUUCAGUCAUAUCCUGAUCAUCCAGACAGAUUUGAUGUUCGUCCUCAGCUGCUGUGUAGAAAUGGUCUGACUGGUCGCUGCUACUGGGAGGUUGAGUGGAGAGGAGAUGUUGACAUUUCAGUGAGUUACAGAAGAAUCAGAAGGAAAGGAGACAGUGAUGACUGUUCGUUUGGAUGGAAUGAUGACUCCUGGAGUCUGAGCUGCUCUGAGGAUGGUUAUUCUGUCUGUCACAAUAACAGAGAGACAUCCUCCCCCUCCUCCUCCUCCUCCUCCUCCUCUGUCUCUAACAGAGUAGCAAUGUAUGUGGACUGUCCUGCUGGCACUCUGUCCUUCUACAGAGUCUACUCUGACACUCUAAUCCACAUCCACACCUUCAACACCACAUUCACUGAAGCUCUUUAUGCUGGGUUUAGAGUCUGGUUUCCUGGUUCCUCAGUGUGUUUUUGCAGAGAUUAAUCUAAAGAGUGUCCUAGAAUGUCUUUAUAGAGAAACACUCUGACUGUUGAACAGAUAGUUCAGUCUGUACAUGUCUGUCUCUUUCACUCAGAAACACGUUUUCAGAUUCAUGGAUUCAAUCAGUUGAUGUUUUAAAUUGUUCUAAAUUAAUCCUUGUUAAUGUGUUCCUCUUCAGUCCUUAAAGAUGGAAGCUACCAUUAUUUCAGGAUCCACAUGUUGCUUUUUCUGUCUUUUUCCACUCAAAGCUAUUAUUAAAGACUUUCAGCAUCU